GGGGCACUCUGGGGGUAGCAGAUCACCCGUGGAGUCUGAGCUGCAGGAUGAUCACCACCAGCCCUAUGAGAGAGGUGGAGGGUGGAAUCCGAAAGAGGAAGGAGAACAAGGAAGAACAGGCAGCAGCGGGGGCAUCUGUCGGAGAGGAGGAGGCUCCAGACCCUGCCCUGGCUUUGGGGUCUCUGAGGAAGAUGGCCGGGGAUGAGGGGCCUGAGGGGGUCCGGCUAGAGCUGCACCCACUGCAGAACAGGUGGGCUCUGUGGUUCUUUAAGAAUGAACGCAGCCGGGCCUGGCAGGACAACCUGCAUCUGGUCACCAAGUUUGAUACCGUGGAGGACUUCUGGGCGAUGUACAGUCACAUCCAGCUGGCCAGUAAGCUCUCUUCUGGCUGUGACUAUGCCCUGUUCAAGGAUGGUAUCGAGCCCAUGUGGGAGGACAGCAGGAAUAAGCGGGGUGGCCGCUGGCUGGUUAGCCUUGCCAAGCAGCAGCGCCACAGUGAACUGGACCGUCUCUGGCUGGAGACGCUGCUGUGUCUGAUCGGGGAGAGCUUUGAAGAACACAGCAGGGAAGUGUGUGGCGCCGUCAUCAACAUCCGCGCCAAAGGGGACAAGAUAGCUGUGUGGACACGAGAGGCUGAGAACCAGGCGGGCGUGUUGCACAUUGGUGAAACUCUUCUCUUCUUGGAUUAAAGAAUCAUUUUGGUUUUUAUCUGGAUAAAGCAUCCAAAGCAGAGGGGGCUGUGGCCAGAACCAGGGUGCCAGGCCUAGGUAAUAAUCUCCAGGCCCUGCAGCUGACUACCUGUAUCUUUUCCACCGGCUCCACCUCCCCUUGCAGGCGUGUGUACAAAGAGCGCCUGGGCCUCUCCACCAAGACCAUCAUUGGCUACCAGGCCCAUGCAGACACAGCCACCAAGAGCCACUCCCUAGCCAAGAACAAGUUUGUGGUGUGAGCAGGCCUUGGUACAGCUGCCACACCUGAACUCCUUACUACUGCACGUGUUUGGGGAAGGGGAAGGGGACACUUGCACAGCUAGUCCUGGGCAGGACUGGGAGGCAACACAGCCUGAUUCUCUCCUGUUCUGGAGUAAAUGUGAACACCCCCCAACAUGAGUUGGGGCCCAAGCCUGGGAGCAGCUUGGUGGUAAUGGGGGGGGGGGGCGCUGUCCUGAAGACCCAGCCGUUCCGUGGGCUCUCUGGCAGGGCUUGGGUUGAGGAAACUCCUGGGUUUCCUUAUUUCAUCCAUGGAGGAGGCUUAACAGCAGGUAGAGGAGAGAAUCCUCCAGCCUGGGAAGAGGUGGGGCACUUACUGUGUGGGCCUGGGAAAAAGUGAGGUGGCCUGAGGGCAGGGACUUCCUCCUUUUGGAGGAGGCAAAUCAAGUUCAGGGACAGGAAUGGGGAUGGGAGGGGGCUCUCCUCUUUGUGGUCACUCUGCUUAUAAACCGUUCUGGGUUGCCUCUUACCAAAAUUUGUAGCCUUGGAGCCCACCUUGUAUCUUAUAACCUCCCGGAAUCCAGCUGGGGGUGGGGCCCUGGAGUGGGGCUGGCUUGGGAAGCUUCCCCCUUCACCCCCAGAGUCUGGAAGGGUUAAAGGCCAAACACCACCACUGCCCAGAGGGACAGGCCAGGAGCUGAGACGUGAGAAAGCCCUGGGUGGCCUCUUCCUCAUUUUCUGGUCUGUGGCCAGUGAUGUCUACACCCUGUACGCUUUCAGGCUCUGGUUGGAGCCGAGGUGGCUUUGCCAAAGUUCCGUUCCAGGAGAUUUAACUUGAAGACGAUGAAGCUUUUCUUAUUCUAAAUAAAUACUUUUGAACAAAA